CCGAGAUCGCCUUCUAGCGCUCCUGGGAAGCAGAAGGCCAGCGCGGCGCAGCGUGCGUACGCACCCAGCAGCCACGCGCCCCAACCCUCUGUGUUUUCACGAGCACCCCGUGCGACUGAGAGGUAGCACGCACAAGGCGCCUGGGGAAGGCCAAAUCGAUUGUACCGCGCAUCGGCAUCGACGCUUCGCCCACGCCACGAGAGACAUUCGCAGCGAGACACGCGCAGCAAUGUCGAGCCACUACAGCACCGACUACUCGCGCUUCAAGGACAUUGUCGAUUCGGACGAAGAGGACGAGGAGAAGCCCGGCGAGGGCGAGGAGGAGGAGGCGGCCGCCGCCGACGACGCCGCGUCGGCGUCGUGCUCGGACUCGGACAGCCUGCCGGACUUGCUGGAAGGGGAAGAGGCGGAGGACCCCGCCGUCGAGGCCGCGGCCGCGCAGUGGUGCGCGCCGACGGUCUCGGCCGCCGCGCGCGCCGCGAUGGCGGCGGCGGCGGGCCGGGUGAGCCCGGUCGGCGGCCCGCGGGCGCCGGCGCCGGCGCCGCCGGCGGCCGCCGUAUCGGCGCCGCGCCCGCCCGCGCAAGCGCCGCCGCCGGCCGCCGCGCCCGCUGCCCCGGCGCCGCCGCCCGCGCCCUCGAUCAAGGAAAUGAAAGCCAAGAUCCGCGAGGCGGGCCUCGGCACGGCCGACCUCCUGGAGCGCCAGCAGGUCGUCGCGCGGCACGAGCAGGCGCUGGCGCGACUGGCCGAGGCCGCGCGCGCGAAGAAGGCGCCACCCGCGGCGGCGGCGCCCGCGAGGCCGCCGCCCGCGAAGGCGCCCGGCGGCCGCCACAGCACGGACUACUCGCGCUUCGACCACGUCGCGUCCGACGACGACGACACGGACGAGGACAUGCCGGGCCUGGCGGACCCGGACGCGGCGCCGGCGGCCGCGGCGGAGGACUCGGCGGAGAGCGCCUCGAGCGCCUCCGAGACCGACGACGAGAUGCCCGGGCUCGAGGACCAGGAGCCGCCCGCCGCGGCGCCCGCGGCGGCGGCGGCCGACGCGUGCCUCGGCACGGCCGCGUGCCCGUGCUGCGCCGCGCGGCAGCGCGACGAGGCGACGCGCGCGGCGCGCAAGGCGCGGAGCGAGGCGCUGAAGCGCGAGAAGGCCGUCAAGGCCGGCGCGCGCCAGCGCGAGCUCAUCCGGAAGGCGGACGAGAAGCGGCAGCGCGACCGGGCCGCCAUGGCGCGGCGCAAGGCCGCGGAGCGCGAGCACGAGGCCGAGCGCGAGCGGCGGAGCCGCGAGGCGCGCGACCAGCGCGCGCGCGCGGCCGAGGCCGAGCGCGCGCGGAAGCUCGCCGAGGCGGAGCAAAAGCGCGACGCGGAGGCCGCGCGCGCGGCGGCGGACCGCGCCUUCGACGCCCUGCGCGCCGUCGGCACGUGCCGGAGCUGCUCGUCGACGAUCAUCCACGGCGCGAACCGCGUCGCCGUGAAGUGCUCCGGGGGCUGCGCGAUGUCCUACCUGGCCAAGUGCUGGGAGACGGCCGUCGCGCCGGCGAUCGCGCGGGGCGACGGCGCCUACGCGUGCCCGACGGACGGCUGCGACGGGCACCUCGUCCGCGUCGAGCGGACGACCUGCAAACAUGGGGCCGUCGAGGCGGUCCGCGAGGAGGCCUGCCGGGCGCCGAGCGCGCAAAAGCCGCCGGAGGCGACGGCGAAGAAACCUCCGGCCCCCAAGCGCGCGGCGCCGGCGCCGCGCCCCGCGCCGGCGGCGCGGCUGCCCGCCGACGCGACGGCGAGCGUCUGGGUCGGGCCCCUGACGGACGCGGACUUCGAGCGCCGCGUCGACAAGGCGCUGCGGCGCACGGCCCUGAGCGCCAAGGCCAUCGAGGGCAUUCGCCGGUCCCUGCCGCCCCUCGGCUUCCUCGAGGCCGGGCCGCCCGAGUUCGUGCCCGGCCUCGCGCCGCGGCCCUACGCGCGCGUGCGCGCGUCGACGGCGACGGCCGCGCAGAUCGUGGCGCGCGCGCUCGAGGGCCGCGUCGGCGCGGGCGUCGUCGCGCGCGUGCUGAGCGCGCGCGAGCUCGACGCCGUCGUCGCGCUCGAGACCGUCGAGCGCGCGCUCGACGCGCUGCGGGCGCACGAGGCGGCGGCGGCGGCGCUCGAGGUCGAGGCGGCGGCGCGCGCCGCCGUCGCUGCGGACCGGCGCCGCGCGGCCCUGGCCAAGCAGGCCUCGCAACAGCGCCUGCGCGCCGCCGUCGCGGCGGCGCCGUUCCCCGCGCCGGCGGCGCGGCCACGCGCCGCGAGCGGCCUGGACGCCGACGCCGCGGCGUGGCCGGCGCCGGACGCGUCGCCGCGGCGCCGGGCCGCCAUGGAGCUCGCCGCGGCCGACGCGCUCGAGGGCGCCGCGCUCGACACGACCGAGGACCUCUACUGCCCGAUCACGCACGAGCUCUUCGAGGACCCGUGCGUGCUCGAGGGCGACGGGCGGACCUACGAGCGCCGCGCCAUCGAGGAGUGGCUGCGCCGCGGCAACCGCACGAGCCCGCUCACGUCGCGCACGCUCGCGAGCACGCGCCUGGCGCCGAAUCGGGACGUGCGGGCCGCGGCGGCCGCCUUCCGCGCGGCGCGGGGCCGCGCGGACUCGGACGAGCUGGGGGCGCUCCGGCCCGAGGCCGCGGCGCCGCCGGCGCCGCCCGCCCGGGCGCCGGCCGACGGCACGGCGCGGCUCGUCCAGGCGCUCGCGGCCGUCGGCUGCGCCCUCGACGCGACGGCCGAGCAACUCCUGCGGGACGCCGAGGUCGACCUCGACUGCGUCCACGACCUCGAGCCCGAGGACGUCGCGGAGGUGGGCCUCACGAGCCACGACGCGGCGGCGCUGCUCGCCGCGCGGCCGCGCCUCCGCGGCGGCGCGGCACCGCCCGAGACGUGGGCCUGCCCCGCGUGCACGCUCGCGAACAGCGACACGGUAGCGACGUGCCAGGCCUGCGGCGGCCCGCGGCCCGGCGCCCCGGCGCCGGCCGAGGCCGGCUGGGCCUGCGCCGCGUGCACGCUCGCGAACCCGCAGCUCGUGCUGGCCUGCGUGGCGUGCGGGGCGACGCGGCCGCCGGAGAUGUGA